UUUAGUGCCUAAACUACGUCUUUUUUUUGGGUCCAUUAACACUACAACAUUCCACUUUCCCCAUUUCAAUUUCAUUUUGCCCUAGCUACUUCAUCCGUCUCUCCUCUCUGCGCGACCUUAUCGCUCCGCUCUAUCUCGAUCGCUCACCUGCAAGACUCCCCUCUCUGAAAAAUAUUUUGCCUUUUGAUUUCAUCACCAUUUCUCUCUGAAGUUCCAACCCUUAUUACGUUUCUUUGCCGCCACUGCGCUUAUAUGUGCAUUGAGCUGAAGCCCUUGAUUGAUGUUUGCUAACCCGUCUCUCUUUCGGCAUUAUCUCAUCUGAGAUUACAAAGUUGAAGCCCUAGGCUUCUCUUCAGGCUGUCUCUCCUCUGUCUCAAUCUCUCAGCAAUUUCUGACCAGGAUAAAAGAGCCCAUGAUUGCCACUAUGAUCAUCAUCAGAGGGCUGAAAGCAGUCACAAAGACAGGCCCUCUUUUCUGCAUGACCAAACCUUGUACAUAGUAUGCAAUGCUUGAUGACACUAUACCCUGUAGGUCAUUAAAAAGUUACUUUUUAUAUAGUUUACUAUUUCAUACAUACAUACAUAUAUAUAUAUAUAUAGAGGGAAUGCUUACAGCAUAGGUAGCAGCUAGAAGGUUCAUGUCCCAGCCAAUGGUCCAAACAGAUAGAUUGUGUUCCAUGACAGUGUGACCACUAUAAUUCAGCCUUUGUCUCGGUUUCCUUCGCAUUAGCAAUCAAGAAGGGGAUAACUCGCAUUUGAUUAGCUAAUAUUCUUUGAAGGAAGGAUAAAUAAUAAGUUGACAAUGAAACGAACGGUUAGUGAAGUGGAAAAAGUGAGUGAAUAAAAUACCGAAGCUUCAACUUCAGAAUCAUCCCAACCACCGCCGAAGAAGAGACGGGGCCCCCCGACACGAUGCAAGAAUGUCGUAAACGCGACAACCUUAUUACCAUUAAGGGUUAAUAAGUUUGGACAACCGAUCGACCCUGGAAGUGGUACAUAUACUAAUUAUUUGGGAAUACUUGCCCGGAAUGCUAAUUUAGCUCCUUUGUGCUACAAAACUUGGUGGGAGAUGCCUAAAUGGCUGAAGGAGGAUAUGUGAAACGUUGUAAAGGGAAAGUAUAAUGUGGGAAUCAUGUCAAAACAUUGGACAAUAUCCCCCAUCAGAAAAAAAUGGCGGGGGUACAAGUGUGAAUUAAAAAGUGAAUAUUACUCAGUUAUGGAUACAGAUGCAGAAAGAUUUGCAAACCCACCACCUGAUGUUGAAAAGGAGCAUUGGGAAUUUUUGGUUAGGCAUUGGGGUAUGCCUAUGGCGAAGGAGGUCAAUAAAAAAAACAAAGAACGUCGUGGGAAGCAAACAAUGAUACAUACUACAGAGACAAAAUGCUUUGCACGUGUUUCUGCCGAGAUUGAGGAAGACGAAGGUAUUCAGCUUUCUCGUGCAGAUUUAUUCAUUCGCACGCAUAUAAAUAAGGAUGGCAAAGCUACUGAUGCUGCUUCUUUGGAGAUGAUUGAAAACAUAACAGAACUUCAAAAAAGUUACUCUGACUCGCCUAUAUGUAGUUCCAAUGAUUUGUUCUCCAUUGUGAGGGGAGAAGAGAGAACUGGUCGUGUGCGGAUGCUUGGCUUCAAGCCUACACCAAGAGAUGUUUGGGGGCCCUCUUUUAGUAAAGCUGAACUGAUUAAUAAUGUCAAAAAAUCUCAGGAGGAGGCACGUGUAGAGUUGCAGGAGGCGAUUUCAAAAAUGCAAGCCGACUAUGACAACAAGUUGGAAAAUUUACGAGCCAACUACGACGACAAGUUGGAAAAUUUACAACAACUGGUGACUAUGUUAAUGCAGAUGCAACAACAAAAUUAAAGUGGCCAGGGUUCUAAUUCUUUAAAUGCUCCUCCUAGAGUAUCCCCAAAUUCAUUUUCUAGUCGUGAUGCCAAUUCAAUUAAGGUUAUGAACUUUUAAUUUCUCUUAUAUAUAUGUUAAAUUUUCAUUUAUUAUAAUGUGCGCUUAAUGAAUUUAUAAAAAAUGUAGGGUAAUUCAAAUCAAAUGGGCAAGAAGACUUGUUGAAGUUGAAGUUGAAGCGGAAGAUGGGGUCGUGACUGUGCUUUCUGAAUUUCCUUCCCCUUGGAUGGGUCCUUUUUGAAAAACUUGUACUACAUUUGUCAAAAAUUCUUAAUUCUUUUUGUGUGACAUUUAGUAGCUUUAUCUAGACAAUUUGGAUGGUAUUUUCAUAUUGGCAGGUUAACUUGUGGUUGUAUUAGUAUACAUUUUGGCUUUUUGGUUGACAUUUACCAGUUGUAUCAAUUAGUAGCCAAUUUCGAUGGUAUUUUUCAUAUUGGCA